AUGAUCUACAGGGUGAUUGCUGGUUUGUUUAUGGUGCAGAAUCUCUUUGCAAGAGUUUCUGUGGAAGAUAUAAGAAGAGCGCAUGAAACUAAGAUAAAAGGCAGCCAACAGCUAUUCAUUAACCCAGAGGGGCCUCUGAAUCUGCUAUGCGGAUAUAUGGGCUUCCAAAACGGAUACAUGUACAACAAGCGGUUUUUUUCUCCAGAAAUAGAAAUAGACUAUGCAUUUUAUGAAAAUGGAUUGGCAGUUAACAGCACACAAAAGUACGGAUUUACAAGAACGCCUGCAAAUGACAAGAUACACAAAGAGCUGGGAGUUAGUGGCUCUGAUGGAAGAUAUCUCAGCGGGUACCAUGCACAGCUCUUAAAGAUGUUUCCAUCCGAGCAUGGAGACCUCUCAAUUGAGACUACCCGGUCAAAUGCACUUACAAACUUCUUAAGGGCAGACCACGUUAAGCAGGAUGCAAAGUACAUUCUUGCAGCGCUGCUGCUUCUUUCAGAAGAGAUUGACGUCCAAAUAGGCGUGGACCACUCAGGGGAGAAAAAGAGACUUGUCAUA